AUGGCGACUCCAACUCGGAGACCGCGACCGCGGAAUUUAAAUUCGCCUUUGACUCCGAGAAAGUAUCAUCCUUACUCAAAGCAAAUUCGUAAAGGAGUGAAUGAGACAUUUGACAGAAUAUAUGCCUGUGUCUAUGGCCAUUGUGCUGGAGAUGCAAUUGGAUUGUUGACAGAAACAUUUUCAAAAACAGAGGCAAAAAAGAGAUACAGAGAAGUGUAUAAAAGUUUAGAGCUCAUCCACAAAAAGAUUGUUCCUGACGCACACAGACGGAAAUGGCUGAUAGGAGAGUGGACAGAUGAAUCGGACAUGAUGAUUCUUAUUCUUCAGACAAUUGUCAUGAAUAAAGGAGAGGUAAAUGCCCGUUAUUUUGCCCGUUGUCUAAUGGAAUGGGCAGAGAAGGGGUUUCCAGAAUUGGAUGAUGUUUGUGGUAAUGGCUUAUGUCCACAAAUAAAGGCAGUUAUCUCCCAUCCACAAUUCUCUGAGGAACCAGAGAAGGCCUCUGAGAUUAUGUGGCGAGACUCUGGGAAGCUGAAUGCCACCAACAGUGCUUUGUCACGAACAGCCAUCUUGGGAACUCUUCAGUACCACACAAUAGGAACUGUGAUAAAAAACACACUGGACAUCUGUAAUAUCACACACCCAGAUCCAAGGUGUCGAGCAUCUUGUGUUGCAUUGACGACAACAAUCGCCCUACUUCUUCAGAGAAAUGACAGACAAAUCAAGAAGAGUGGCAGCUAUGACAUUGAGGCUGUGGUCGACGAGUCUUUUACUUACGCUUCUAAACUCCUAGUAACUUAUGAAGAGGUUAAGGAGCUGAAGAGAGCUAUGCAUCCUAGUAAUCUGAAGGACCUGAGAUUAGAUGAACCAGGGAAGACAAACUACACCUAUAAAACCCUGGGUGCUGGCUUCUGGGCAUUGAGACAGAAAAACUUCCGAGAGGCCAUACAAGAUAUUGUCUUAGAGGGAGGUGACUCUGAUGCCAAUGCUGCAGUGGGUGGGGCUUUAUUGGGCUGUAAGCUAGGACUGAGUGCCAUACCCAGAUCCUGGAGAGAAAACCUGAUCCACAGAGAAUGGCUAGACAUUUUACUGGAUAGAUAUUUUGACAUACAUGAGGGAAGACACAUUAAGAAAGAAACAACGCUGUGAUACUGUAGACCCUGUGUGAUAUGGACAGAUACAUAGUAUCAGAUAUAUUUGGUGCAAUAUACAAUGUAAAGACCAAAUGACCUAUUUCUCCACAUAUUUUAUUACAUGUUUGUAUGUUACGUUAUUCUUAUAGUAUUUAAACUUUCUGGGUUAAUGUCAGAGCCAUGAAUUUUAUUAAGUAUGAUAUUUUUAGAGUGUACUGUGCUCUCUACAUUCCCUCAAUCUGUUAUAUUGUUUGUGCUGUCUUUCUAAUGCACCAGUUCCGUGCUGUGAUCAGUAAAUAUGUGGACAUCCUCAUUUUCAAUAAUUUCAUGUACCAAGUUUGAACAUAAUUUGUUUGUUGAAAGUUUUCAUUGUCUGAUGUACAUGUAGAUUGCCAACUGAAAUAUUCCAGUGUUAUAGUAGUCAUUUAAUGUUGUUUCCUUGAACAAGGACUUUAAUAAGAUCCUGAUUGUUUCAGACUCUUAUUUUUCUAUUUCAUUCAGGAUCCUGUCUUUUUAGAUAGCUGCCCUACCCAACUAAACCAAGUAUUUUUAUAUUGUACCUUUUGAACUUUUGGGAGAAGCUGAAGAUUUUAUGUUGGAAUAAUGCAGCAUCUUUGUACAAAGGAUCCAAAUGCCUAGAACUAUCCUCGGUCUGAAAUACACAAGUAUUUUCACUAUAUCAGUCUUUGUGGCUAAAGAAAGCUUUGUUGUUGCCUGCUGUUGUCUUUUUUUUUUUUUUGCAAUUUAUGCUCUUAGCAGAUAUUGUUUGGAUGCCCAAAUUUAUCCAUAUUGAGAAAUUUUAUAAAGGUCUAUAUUUUG